AUGGGUAAAGCCAAGUGCACUCCAGUUUCAGAGCCCAUCAUUCCCAGAUUAGAGCUCUGUGCUGCUGUGCUUGCUGUGAAGUUGUCUGAGCUCCUCGCCGAAGAGCUUAAGAGAAUUAAGCACUGUUCUCAGCCAGAGCAGUGGAGAUAUGUCCCUACUGAGCACAACCCAGCUGAUCAUGCUGAAGUUGAGGCUGUUCACUGCGGUGCCAGCCUCCCUGUGAUCUUCGGCAUCAUCUGUUUUGUGGGGAUUAUUGGGAAUUGCAUAGUCAUGUACACCAUAAUGAAGAAGACCAAAUGUCAUGCCAAGCAAACUGUCCCAGACAUCUUUAUUUUAAAUCUGUCAAUUGUUGAUCUCCUGUUUCUUCUCGGGAUGCCAUUCCUCAUCCACCAGUUACUGGGCAACGGUACCUGGCACUUCGGGGCUACUAUGUGUACUUUCAUCACUGCACUCGACUCCAACAGUCAGAUUGUCAGUACUUACAUCCUCACUGCAAUGACCUUUGACCGUUACUUGGCUACGGUCCACCCCAUCCGCUUCAACUAUGUCCGUACACCCUGUGUGGCUGCUUUGGUCAUAGGACUCGUGUGGGGCCUGUCCUUGCUCACCAUCAUCCCCGUGUGGAUGUAUGCGGGUCUGAUGCCUCUUCCGGAUGGAUUGGUUGCCUGUGCCCUCCUUCUGCCUGAUCCAAUCACUGACACAUACUGGUUUACACUCUAUCAGUUUUUCUUGGCCUUUGCUAUACCCCUUGCCAUAAUCUGUCUGGUGUUCUUUAAGAUCCUCCAACACAUGUCCACCAGUGUGGCACCACUGCCCCCACAAAGUUUGAGGGUACGCACCAAGAAGGUGACGCGGAUGGCAGUGGCCAUCUGCCUGGCUUUCUUUAUCUGCUGGGCUCCUUAUUACAUCCUCCAACUUGUUCACCUCGGAAUACAAAACCCAAGCCUGGCUUUUUCAUAUACCUACAACAUUGCUAUUAGCAUGGGCUACGCUAACAGCUGCAUCAAUCCAUUCCUUUAUAUUAUCCUCAGCGAGACCUUCAAAAGACAGUUUCUCAGGGCAGUGCGCCCAAUUAACAGAAAGUUCAGAGUGAAUCCAAGCACCACGGAUGGUGGCAGCAUGAUGGUGAGGAUGAUACCUGAAGAGGUUCAGCAGGAGCCAGCCUCAAGAGAGCUGUUGCCAUCCAAUGGGGAUCCACAGUAA